AUGAACCUCUCGACACCGGUUGGGAGAGCAUGUCGCAGGUCGGUGGCUGUCGCUCGCAAUCGUCCUUCCAGCGUCAACCCAUAUAUCCCUAGAGCGACCUUUCUCUCUCUCACUCGCGACAAUCCGCGUCGAACGACUCUAAAGCAAGGGAUAAAGGGAGGAGAGGGACGGAAGCAAGAUGAAUCGGAUCCGCCAGAUGAUUUCAAGGACCAUCUCGUCGCCAACGCGCGACUUCCCUUGCCUGAGAGGAAGCGAAUACCCAGAGCUCCACACCGCAGUCCAGGAGACCUUCUCGAGUCUCUUUUCGAACAAAGCUUAGCGCCCCCAGAUGUCGCACAUGGCUCACCAGUCACUAAACCCUCGCUCGACCACUAUAAAAAUGUCGAGAAACUCAAGUCCAUGCUGGCGAACACUGGGGACCCUACAGCCUCAUGGAACUUUUUCGUACAGCACUUUGGUCCAGAGAUAACAACCAGUGGGCGCCACAACUUGCCAUCCUACCUUCAAUCUACAGCAAGACUACUUCAGCGACAAGUCAUUGAUGCGAAAGUCCAAAACCCUUUUUCUCAGACAUUACCAUCAUGUACAGUAAUAUCGACCACAUACGUACGGCUAGGAGCACUGCAUGAAGCAGAUUGGGCGGAUCUAAUGCUAGGUCUCCUGAAUGGUCUCUUGAGAACCAAACACAGAGAGGGAAGAAGAAAUGAGGAUGUGUCGGCCUGUUUCGAUGAUAUUCUUGGUUCUUGGAAUGUGGUUUGCACACAAGUCUCAAUGAAUACGUUUGUGGACUCGCCUGUGCUGGACUGGUCAAAUCUGCCUGAACUUCAACUUCCAAUGCGAACGGCCAAGGAACCCUGGCGGACGCUUGCUCGACUUACUGGUCUCCUGAAAGGCCGCCGAAGUGAGAAACUUGGCCUUGUAGCUGUGGCAACUUAUAUUCUCCUGGCUAGACAUUGCCCUCCAGGCCAGGUUUCGCUCAAGCAGUCUGGCGAAUUCGUUGAUGCAUUGCGAGUGGUCAUUGGCUCUAUUGAUGAUAUCGAGACAGUCGUACUGAAGGCUUUGUCAAUGCAGGCGCUUCACUCCGAUUUGAUUGAGUUUGUUCGUGAUGAGUGGCCCAAAUUGGGCGUUGUUUCGGAUAGGACCCCAUCUUUUCCAACUGCGUCUCGCACAAGUCAAGACGCUUCACCAUCUCUUGCGUCUCGCGAGUUCGCCGGCUACGACAUAUUGAAGAGAAUCAAAGCUGCUUCACGAGCACAUGACAUAGCACAAAUAGAUCUUUUGUGGCUAGACGCAACUCACUUACCGAUAGAUGUCAGUACACAUGAGUAUAGACAAGGAUUUCUGACCUCAGGAUUAUGUGACACGUUCAUACAAACAUAUGUAACGAACAAAACAGUAAGAGGAGCGAUAGACGUAUGGAGCCACAUGAUAAGCCAGGGACUCGUGCCAAGUAUUUUGACAUGGAGUUCAAUGUUGAAUGCCGCAAGUGUAUCGCGCGAUGCGCGAAUGAUGGAGGCUAUCUGGCAAAAAAUGGAACAUUCUGGCGUGAAACCCGACGUUGUAUGUUGGACCUCACGCGUCCACGGGCUGAUUGAAUGCAACAAAGGAGAGGCAGCGUUGAGGGCUUUGGACGACAUGGGCCGAAGAUGGGUCCAAGCCGUUGUCAAAACUCAUGGAGAUCUGAAGAACAAACAUAUGCAAACGAUUGGGGAUAUGGAUGACAUACCAAAGCCUUCCAUCGAGACCAUUAAUGCUGCUAUCACAGGGUUUAUUCGUAGGAAGGACCCUGAACAAGCGUACCGUGUCCUCGGUUGGGCUGCAAAAUUUUGUAUCAAUCCUGAUGUAACGACUUACAAUAUUCUUCUAAGACCUUUGAUUAAGGAAGGACGGGCUAAGAAAGCCGCAGCACUUCUAGGGCAAAUGCACAAGGCUGGAUUACAGGCGGAUAUCGUAACUUUCACUAUCAUCCUAGACGAGAUUCUUCGUACAUCUGAAUCGUCCACCCCCGAGGCACUGAAAGAGACAAUAUCGGAAGUUUUCAAGUAUAUGGACGAAAUAGGAGUGCAGGCGACACCACAUACGUAUACUAAGCUCAUACACCAUAUGCUUCAGGCACCAGCGGGAGGGUUUCUAGCUGUAAAUGCGAUUAUGGACCGAAUGAGCCAGCAAGAGCUAAAACCGUCACCGUACGUAUAUACGACACUGGUGCAACAUUAUGCCAAUGAACAGCCCCCGAAUCUUGUGGGCAUCACCAGCAUUGUGGAGAGAGCUCGUCAAGAACAUGCAAAUCUUGAUCAGAUUUUUUGGGAUCGAGUAAUAGAAGGAUAUGCUAGGGCAGGUGACACAGCUUCCGCGAUGCGAGCCCUAGGUAAGCUCAACAGCCAAGGUGGCUUCGCUGGGUGGUAUGCCCUCAGAACUGUAUUGAGCGCACUUGCGGAGGGCGAGGAAUGGGAAGCCGCAAAAACAUUGGUGAGGAAUACAAAAGCUGAUCAUGGUGGUCCGCUGCCAAACGAUGUCCAGGGCAGAGAGGGACAGCAUCAGUUCUGGAGGCUGGCUUUCGACUUGAUGCUCAUAGAAGGGUAG